GCAUCCUUUUGUGCUCCUUCAUUGAUAAUCUACUAUAUUGUUGUUUUAAUCUGGAUUUGAAAUGUUCUAUCACGGAGAUUUUUGUCUCUUAUAAAGUUCUGGGAGAUUGCGAUCAUAAAGUUUCGGAUUUUUUCCACGAAAAUCUCAGUGCAUAAAUGAUUCUUAUACUUUUUUUUCUUCUUUUAUAUUUCUCUGUUAUGUAAUGGUUCUCAUGUUGAUUUUAAUCCUUAAUUUGUGCAGAUUAGAUAUAAGCAAAAACGAUGGUGAAAUAUAAUUUCAAGAAGAUAACCAUUGUUCCAAAUGGAAAAGAGUUCGUUGAUAUCAUUCUUUCCCGCACUCAACGCCAGACACCAACUGUUAUCCACAAGAGUAACAAGAUUAGCAAUCUCCGUAGCUUCUACAUGAGGAAAGUUAAGUUCACACAAUCAAACUUUGUUGAGAAGCUCUCUACCAUUAUCGACGAGUUUCCUCGCCUAGAUCAGAUUCAUCCCUUUUAUGGCGAUCUUCUUCAUGUGCUCUACGAUAAAGAUCACUACAAGCUCGCUCUUGGUCAGCUCAACACUGCCAAGAAGCUGAUUAUCAAAAUCUCCAAUGAUUAUGUGAAGCUGGUCAAGUAUGGUGAUUCUCUGUACCGAUGCAAGUCCUUGAAAGUUUCUGCUCUUGGGCGUAUGUGUACUGUUAUGAAAAGAAUCGGUCCUAGUUUGGCUUAUCUUGAGCAGGUUAGGCAACAGGCGAGGCUUCCUUCCAUUGAUCCUAACACUCGAACUCUGCUGAUCUGUGGAUGUCCUAACGUGGGAAAAAGUUCUUUUAUAAACAAAGUUACAAGAGCUGAUGUGGAUGUUCAGCCAUAUGCUUUCACCACGAAAUCGCUCUUUGUUGGUCAUACUGAUUACAAGUGUUUGAGGUAUCAGGUUAUUGAUACACCGGGAAUUUUGGAUAGGCCGAUUCAAGACCGUAACAUCAUUGAAAUGUGUAGUAUCACUGCGUUGUCUCAUCUUCGAGCUGCUGUUUUGUUCUUCCUGGAUAUUUCGGGUUCUUGUGGUUACAGCAUUGCUCAGCAGGCUGCUCUUUUCCACAGCUUAAAGCCUUCGUUCGUGAACAAACCGUUGGUAAUUGUCUGCAACAAGACUGAUUUGGUGUCCAUGGAAAGCCUCUCUGAUGAAGAUCUGAAACUGAUUGAAGAGAUGAAAGCUGAGGCUAUGAAGACUGCAAUGGGAGCAAAUGAAGAAGCAGUGUUUUUGAAUAUGAGUACUCUGACAGAAGAAGGUGUGAUGUCAGUGAGAAAUGCUGCGUGUCAGAGGCUAUUAGAUCAAAGGGUAGAGGCAAAGAUGAAAUCGAGAAACAUUAAUGAGCACUUGAACAGGUUCCAUGUGGCGAUGCCUAAGCCUCGUGAUGACAAAGAAAGGCUCCCUUUUAUACCUCAGGUAGCUGAGGAAGCUGGUGAAAAGGAGAAGCGAAAGACCGAGAGGGAUUUGGAAGAUGAGAAUGGUGGAGCUGGGGUUUAUUCGGCUAGUCUAAAGAAGAACUACAUCUUGGCUGAUGAAAAAUGGAAGGAUGACAUAAUACCUGAGAUUUGUGAUGGUCAUAAUGUUGCUGAUUUUGUUGAUCCAGACAUUUUGAAUAGGCUUGAGGAGUUGACAAGAGAAGAAGACAUCAGGCAGGCUGAGGAUGAAGAGGAUGAUUUUGAGAUAGACGGAGAAGAACUAACCGAGGAGGAGAAGAAUCAGUUGGCUGCUAUUCGUAAGGAGAAAUCUUUGCUCAUUCAAAAGCAUAGACUCAAGAAGCGCAAUGCACAAAACAGAGCAACCGUUCCAAGAAAGUUUGACAAGGAUAAGAAGUUCACAAGGGAGAGAUUGGGUAGAGAGUUAUCAUCUCUUGGUAUUGAUCCUUCUUCUGCGAUGAACCGUGCAAGAAGCAAGUCUAGAGGGAGAAAAAGGGAGAGAUUUGAUGAUUGGGGUAAAGAUGCAAUGGAUGUGGAUAUGAAUGAUGAGCAACAGAUGAAGAAGAAGCUUUGUCUGAGAUCGAAAUCAAGAUCUUUGUCAAGAGAGAGAUCAGUGUCACGGCCUCCAUAUGAGGUUUUGCCUGGUGAGGGCUUCAACGACUUUUCCCAGAAGAUAAAGGCAAUUAAGAUUGGUAAUAAAUCUGACAGAAAGAGGGACAAAGCUGCACGUCGUGGAGAAGCUGACAGAGUUAUACCAACUCUUAAACCGAAACACUUGUUUUCAGGGAAAAGAGGCAUAGGUAAAACCCAUAGGCGUUGAAACAAUUCAUCAAGGGAAUACGCAGAUGAUGAAUGGAUUGAAGAUUAUCUAUCAAGUUUUGGACUUUUUAGCUUUAUAUACCGUUUUCGUUUACUAUUAUGUUACUUUUCUCGACAUUUGUGAUUCAAGUUUGAUGACGCGAGACGAAAUGCUUAGCAGAGAGUCGAUCUCGUUGAGACAGCUAUGAGUGAUCAUU